AUGAGUUCUGGUGAUAAUUAUUUCUGUACUACACCGUUGGAAGAAAGAGGAAAAAAUAAUUUCACACCUCAUAAGAUGGUUGAUUUGAAAAUGGAAAAUUUAUGUCAAAAUGAUUCUAUCAAAUCAAAUGUUCAAUCAUUUGUACAAUCUAAAUCAUGGAAUAAACCUAAUGAUUCUGAUGAAGAUAUAUUGGGCAAGAAUACAAAUGAUGUAAUAACAUGGAAUCAGUAUAAAUCUGUUGAUCAGCAGAACGACUGGCUACCUUAUUCUAUUUCAGCAAUGAAUAAGAAUAAUAAUUGUCUUGAUUCAAUGACAAAUACAUCUGAAAGUCACAGUAUUCAGGAUUAUAUUAAUGAAAUUGAAACAAAACAGAUGAAAUUAAUCGAUGUUUCCAGUGUUUACAUACAGGAUGAAUUGAAUCAUUGUGAUGCUUGUACACAGAUUGAAGUGAUCAAGUUGGAUAAGUUUGUGGAAGCCACAAUAGAUUCUGUUGAUAUGGAGGUUCAGAUUGUAGUUGAUAGUGAAGUGGAGAACCGUGAAGAAAUGGUCCCAUUGUCUGAGCUAUCAUCGCUAGUAGGAGAUUUGAUGGAUUCGGAAGAUCUCAAUAAUACAUUGCGUGAAGAAAUUAGUAGUCUUACAAAACAACAAAUAGAAUUGCAACUUGAUAAUGCGACUGUGCGUGAAAUGUUAGUGGAACGUGAAAAUGAUCUAACCCGAGUUAAAGAACAAUUACUUAAAGCAGAGGAAAAGUGUAAACGUCUCAGUAAACUAGUGUUACGACGUAAAGAAGCUAUUGUAGAACAAGAUGAAGACAUAUUCCUUCUGAGUGAAGAUAAACAAUCCUUAGAAUUGAAAGUCACGCAGUUGGAAUCGGAAAUCAAAGAGUUAAAAACUAGAGUUGAAUGUAUUGAUAAUGCUAACCUGAAGUCUUCAGUAUCAAUACAAACAGAUUUGCCGAUCUCAAGGUCAAUUUUCUGCACAAAAAUGGUUCAAACAGAUGAAAUCCCAGUUUCGCUUGAAAAUCAAACAGUUGUAUGUUGUGAUCUUGAAGAUUUUCAUUCUAACCAUGCACAAGAAUAUAUUCGUCGAACGUGUGUAAAAUCCACACAUAAAGAAGAAGAGUCACCCAACUCAACAUUUCUAUCAUCAUCAGAGAGUGAUGCACCUUGUGGAGCUGUCUCAGCUGAGCUUAAUAAAUUAUCUAAUCGUCUGAGAGAAGAGAGUAUUCGACUUGCAACAGCGACCGCGAUCGCAAGUGCUCGUCAGUCUGUCUGUGAUAGACCAGAGAGUUUUGCUUUCAAUAAACCAAGUGAUAAUGAAGAAACCACCGUAAAAGUAGAAGACGAUGAAUGUGGCCCUUCGAUUAUUGAAAUGCGUAAUUCCUAUGGUGAUUUGAAGGCAGCGGUAAAUGAAGUGACCAAAAUUAUACACAAUAAUCCAUGGAUUAGUAAGGAGCAAUCUAACGAUGAAGAUAACGACGAGACAAUGAAACGUUUCAUGAGCCGACUAUUAGUUUCAUUAACUAAAGCUUUGGAUACGGAUGAGAAACUAUGGGUUUCAGCAAUCACUUCCUCGGUUGCCAAAACAUGUGAUAAACUUCGCAGUAGGACAACAUUAUCAGUUCCCGAUUUAGGAGUGGAGUUCCCGUCAGGGAGUGUUUUAUGCCAAAUUAUACAACAAUUGACAGAACGAAUAUCAGCUUUUAUGCGUCGUGAAGAUGAGUUUCGCAAAUGUCUUAUUGAAGUUCUUCAUGUAGAAGAAGCUUCAUUCAAAUCUGAAUUGAAGACUCAUGUUAAUCGUUCAGACGCUUUGAUGGAGGAAAUUAUUCGUUUGACUAAAGUUGUAAACUCAUUGUCGGAAGAAUUGAAUCAUGCAAAUAAUCGAACUAAUGAAAUGCAAAGUCAACUAUGUGAUACAAAAGUUGAUCUAGUUCAUACGAAGCAUAAAUUACAAUUAAAGGAAGAUGAAGUCGAACGUCAACGAACUGAUGUUGAACAGUUAAGGUUAGUUAGUUUCAAUAGAUGA